CUAAUGACAGACAGGCACAACACCAGUUUUGUCAGUGUCAAAGUCAGUAUUGGUCGCCACGGAGGAUCGUGAAAUUAGUCGGAUGGUUUUAUAAAUUCGACUGUUUGUAUUAACAAUCAUUGUGAAACAAUGACUAAGCCUCGGCCAUGUGGUUGCAAAGGUUGUAGAACAUGUUUAAUAUGUGAAACACAAUAUGGAGCCGAAAACUUGAAACUACAGCUGGAACUGGAUAAGAGUAAGGGUUAUGUUUAUUGUCCUUUUUGCAAUAAGGCUUGGAGAGGCUGGGACUUGAACGCUUACAAACAACAUCCUAAUCAUGAAGGAGACUCUAUAGAAUAUCCUGGUGUAUAUAUCCAGUUGAAUUUUAUAUCGGAGGAAGAAGAAAGAGAUUUGAUGACAAACAUCGAUGAGGUGCCAUGGGACAUAUCUCAAAGCGGUCGAAGAAAGCAAAAUUAUGGCCCAAAAACUAAUUUUAAAAAGAAAAAAGUUGUAGUGGGUAAAUUUGAAGGUUUUCCAGCAUUUUCGAAAUAUUUGCAGGAGAGAUUUGCUACUAUUGAUUUGUUGAAAGACUACUAUGUGAUUGAGCAAUGUUCUUUGGAAUAUGACCCGAGUAAGGGAGCUUCUAUUGAUCCUCAUAUAGAUGACUGCUGGAUAUGGGGUGAGAGGAUUAUCACAGUCAACUGUUUAUCAGACACCGCACUGACAAUGACUGCAUUCAAAGGUGAUUUGAAGAAAUACAAUCUGUAUUGUGCUGAAGAAUAUGGUCCAGUGGUUAGUGCUGAUGGUAGCAUACUUAAAGGCCAUAAAGAGGAGAAAUCAAUGUUAGAAGCAUGCAAGUCUGCACUUCCCGAUGAUGUUAUAAUUAGGAUACCUAUGCCAAGGAGGUCUUUAAUAAUUAUUUAUGGAGAAGCUCGAUACCACUGGGAACACAGUGUUCUUCGAGAAGACAUCGCAUCUCGGAGGGUGUGCAUAGCAUACAGGGAAUUUACCCCGCCAUACCUAAACGGUGAUCAGCAAGAAAUUGGCAAUACCAUCAGAAAAAUAGGCCAAAAUUUCUGGGACCACAAAGGUAAAAAAUAUAAUAGCAUAGAACCUCAAAUUCCCAAUGAUAAAAUGGGAGUAAUGGAUAUUAUUAAAUCUCCAGGAAUUUCUCCGUUGAUUGGGCAAAACAAAAAGGUUGAAAACCAAAUAGCCUAGAAUUAUUCCAUUCUGGAUCACUGAAAGUUAGUAUUUGUUACCACUAGACAAAUUACGGAAUUUUAGUUUUAGUUCAUAUUUAAUUUAUUUGGUAUUUUAUUUAGUAGUUAAAGCAAGGGCAUUAUUUGAUCAUCUCAGAACUUACAUGUCUUCUACACAUUAUGUCAAAC